UUGACUGAUUUUAUAUACCCAUUGAUCGACAGCGCCCACUCUCUCCAGAAACACUAGAAACAUGCCGGAGCUCCCUGAGGUUGAAGCAGCAAGAAGAGCAAUCCAAGAAAACUGCAUCAACAAAAGGAUCAGAACCUCCACAAUCGCCGACGACCCCAAAGUCAUCGGCGGCGUCUCUCCGUCGGAGUUCCAGUCCUCCAUCAACGGCAAAACCAUCGUCGCCGCUCACCGCAAGGGCAAGAAUCUAUGGCUCCAACUCGACUCCCCUCCCUUCCCCUCCUUCCAAUUUGGGAUGACUGGUGCUGUUUAUAUUAAGGGGGUUGCUGUUGCAAAGUAUAAGAGGUCGGCAGUGAGCGACGAGGAGGAAUGGCCUUCAAAGUACUCCAAAUUUUUCAUAGUGCUUGAAGAUGGUUUAGAGUUAUCUUUCACUGAUAAAAGGCGCUUUGCAAAAGUUCGCUUACUUCAAGAUCCAACUUCUGUACCUCCAAUAUCCGAGCUUGGUCCGGAUGCAUUGUUAGAGCCUAUGAAAGUGGAGGAAUUUGUAGAUUCUUUGAGCAAAAAGAAAAUUGCAAUUAAGGCUCUACUACUCGAUCAGGGUUAUAUUUCAGGCAUUGGCAACUGGGUUGCAGAUGAAGUGCUUUAUCAGGCCAGAAUUCAUCCCCUGCAAGUUGCUGCAACUUUGUCGAAGGAGAGCUGUGAAACUUUACAUUGCUGCAUCAAAGAGGUUGUCAAUUAUGCCGUUGAAGUUGAUGCUGACUCCAAUUCUUUUCCAAUUGAAUGGUUGUUUCAUUUUCGAUGGGGGAAAAAGUCAGGAAAAGUUAAUGCUGUGGAAGUUGGAGCAGAUAGUAGUCAAUAUCCUAGUGAUUGGAUAUUUCAUUCCCGCGAAAAGAAACCUGGAAAAGCAUUUGUGGAUGGAAAGAAAGUCGACUUCAUCACUGCAGGCGGAAGAACUUCAGCCUAUGUACCAGAGUUGCAGAAGUUGAGUGGAGCACAAACUGAAAAGAAAGGCCGCCAGGGUAAACCUAGAAAGGAAGAAUCAGAUGAAGAACCAGAACCUGAGGAUGAAGAGAAUGGAAGCUCAAAGUCCAGGAAAAGCAAGAAAGCUGCAGGAGGUAGCAAGAAGCAAAAGAAGAAAGUCCGCCAGGACGACAGUGAUGAUGAUGAUAGCAAUAGCGACGAAGAUGAAAAGCCCCAGAAGUCAGCAAAGAGAUCAACAAGGAAACAACCUGGAAAGCAAAAGAAAAAAGCAAGGAGGUAGAGAGAGUAUGACUAAGCUUCAGGGUAGGAAGCUAGGCCAGUGUAUUUUCUUCUUCAUGUAGUGCCCUUUUGGUACUAUGCAAGCCCCCAUGCUUUUGAGAAGAUCUCAUGAAGAUCUAAUUUUGUAACUAUUUGCGGAGCAGCUGAACGUCUCUUAAGAAGCAACUCGUCUACAAUUAAAACAUGGUUUCAUCAGGAAAAUGACUUGAUAUUUGCUGUUC